UACGGUUCGGGUGUAAUUAAACACACCUUAAUUCGAUCCUUUUUUCUUCUCCUCCAAAUCUCUUUCCGCUUUGGUCCUCAGAGACCUCAUUCUCUCCCAGCUAUCUUACGCAACGCAUCGAACAUCCCGUUGAUCGCGAGCCUUACUAUCGAAAGCCGAACUUCGAAGUCGAAAGGCACGCCAAAUAACCCUAAUGCAACCAUGUUACUUUUCUAAAUUGUCCCUCGAGAUGCGAGACCGAGUAUACCAUUUCGCAUGGAACGGCACGCAACUGCACACCCAUCACAUCAGCAAACGGUUUGCCGUAUGCGCAACAUACGGCGAGCCAAGCGUGGACUCGAAAGGCUUGCCACCCUGGCUCCUCGCGAACGGACAAAUUAUGACUGAAGCAAUGGGCCUUUUCCACCGGCAGGGGGUCUUGCACGUGUGUGCAAAAAUACCAAAAUCGAGCAAGACAAAUAGCUUGAUUCGCUUCGAGCUCUUUUAUCAUAUUUCGAGCUCCUUUUUCGCUCCCUGGUCGGCGGACGCAGAAUUUUUCGCAUACCUCUCGGAGAGGGACAGCACAGCCAAGAGGAUUACGUUCGAUUUCAGGCCUUACGAGGAGGCCGCACUUGGAAGAUGCGACUGGACUAAGAGCUGGGCAUUCUCCGAAGCUCUGAAGGCCUGCAUACUAGGCCGUGUGGAGUUCGUCUUCAAAACUGGUCCUUACGAGGAAAGUUGUCCGGAAGAAAAGCUGAGACUUGCGGUUACUUCCUGCGAAGAGUUUUCCCUAGGCUUACUGAAGCGCGAAUAUGCGAAGCUGUCGGUGAAAGUCUGGACGGUGAAGAGAUAUCGCCAUCUGGAGAUCCAUGUGGAAGUCAAGCUUCCGCCGAGAGAAAGCAUCAGGAAGAGGAAGCGCGAUGAGGACGGGAAUGCCGGAUUGGAUUUGGCGCUCGGGCAGCUACGACUUGGGCGAGACUUCCGCGAGCCCUGGUCUAAGUAUACGAUGACGGGGUUGCUGGUCGAUCUAUUGUACGGGUAACUCGGCGUGCUCGGCAACUUCUCUAGGCCCAAUUUCCCAGUCGCACAUUGUCGACAUUAUUAGGCGAUUACUUGUGAAUUUUCCGCCCUCGGUUUCCAUCACACGUCAGCAAGUACUUCUAGAACCGCCAAAUCACGCUCAGAUUUCAAGACAGCUACAUUGGGAGCGUGCUUUGCCAACCGCUGACACACUCCCCCCACUAAUUUCAAGAUGCGUUAAAGAACGAGCGAUCCUACCGCACGAGUAGAGCCUCGCCAACCAUGAGAUCUUAUACGACGAGAUAUGCAUCUUCCCACACGCAGUUUACGGUUAGAUUAGCAUCGCCUUCAUCCUCCUAGCUUGGGCCAACCGACGAAUUUGUGCCGCAACACAAUUGUCCGCCUAUGCCUGCGCUAUUAGACUAAGCCUUGCUACGCGAGAUCGAGGUCCUGCAGCGGCAG